AUGUCCCACGACAGCUCGUCGGACGAAGACUUUUGUGCCAAGUCUUCGAGUGGCCCCUGUGGCGAUGAGGAUUUGUUGGCGGAUGUCGAGCUCGCCCCCCGCGCUGCCGAGCCAUUGAGCGACGAGGAAUUCUUCGCCUGCAACAGCGACGACGAGCCGCUCGUCGUCGCGGGCGGGCCUCGGCAGGCAGCGGCCGAGAGCGACGGGCCGAGUCUGGACAGCGUGCUCGUGCUGACCGCGGCGGCCGCCUACACACCCCCACCCGUGGUGAAGCGCGGCCGCCAUAGCCAUAUCUUGUCGAAGGCUGGUCAGGAGCCCGCUCGACGCUUGCAGCCGCUGCCAUCGGAAAUGUUGGUUUCUGGAGUGCCGCGUGUGGCAGCGUUCUUGCUAGGCACUGCGGUGCACAGGUCGACGGCGUUGGCCACUGCGGAGAAGCUUCGCCGUGAGUGCGGCGUGGCUGCAGCAUCGUGGCACGAGACCUGCGACGCCAUCAGCCGCGCGACUUUCAGGGCACUGCGCGGCACGUUCGAGCGCUUCGCCAGAACGGAGUCCACCAACGCGGCGCUGGCCCACCUCGAGCGCAGCGUCGAUCUGGAGUUGGAACGCACGUUUCUCAGGGGCGUGGAUUUCGUCAUGACCGAUGAGGCUGGCAGCAAUAUUCGGUAUGAGAAUGCUCGCCAAGCUGCUUCCUCGCGCCCGUCGGCCCUUCUUCACAUGUUCUGCGGCACUCACAAGAAGGCGAAGGCUGCGAGCUUGGGGCGCGCGGUCCAGAAGCCGGCCGACACGAUGAUCAUCCGCAUGCACCUUGUCAGGAGGGCCAACAUGCCUCGGGCAAUGAAAGCGAUGAGAGACGUCCUUGCCGAGCAACUCGUCAUCAUCCAGGGCGGCCCGAUGGGGGGCGCCGACGUUUCGUACGCCCAGCGCGUGUAUGACGCGUUCCUCCCAGUUCGGCCAUCCAGCGAUAGGUUUCGGCGACGAUUGGUGCAGGGCUUAUGGAAUGGCAACUUGCGGUGUUCAGGCAGGAUCGAGCACAUGCGCACGGGGCGCUGCAAGUCCAGGGGGCAGACGCUGUACUUGAUGCAGACAUGUGGCCUGCGCGCUUUGACGAAGCACAUGGGCCAUGUCAUGGACAGGCAGAAUUGGACAGCUGGAGCUGGCGAUGGGCAGGGCGGCGACCUCGGCAUGGUCAACGGCGACGGCGACGCGGAGAAGGUCAUCAGACCUUGCGACGAGAUGAUUCUGAAGGAGCUGGAGCGGAGUGGCGUCGAAUGGGGGCUGAAACAGCAACAGGAGCUCCUCGAGCAGGGGCAGCGCACGUAUCCUCUCUGGGAGGCGGCCGAUUGCAAGGAUGUCAAGCGCGUUCGGCAGCGGUUCGGCGAGCUUGUAUUCAAUGACAGGUGGCAGUUACUUUCCAGUCCCGCGGAGGUCCAGCAGCUCCAGUUGUUCACGUUGCGCCCCCGCAUUUCGGCGAGCGCAUGCGAGCUGGUGGAAGUCAGACACAGCAAGACUCCGUGCAUCAUGCACGGCAGCCUGCGCAACCCGCAGGACCUCCGUGACCUGGGGCGCGCGCCCAGGUGCACCCUCGACUCGUACACGGAGGAUUUCAUGAACUACUACAGCGAGCGAGGCGGCGCCGACGGCGGCAUGGCGAGGUCCGAGCUUGCCGGCGCGCUGCCCCUGACGCAGACGAACUCCGCCGCGGCCGAGCGCUCGCGCAGCGAGAACCUUAUGCGGGGCAAGUCGCAGCAUUUUGCAUGGGGGAUUGGCGCGAUGUCUCUGUCGGGCUUCUUCUUGUUCCGCCGGGCGUGGAAAUGGCAGCGGUCUGUGUUUCGGCGCUGGGGCGACUGCGCGAGCGGCGGGGCCAGGCGGGGGCGGUCUCUGCAGUCCCAGCGCUCCCGACGACCACAGCAUAAGAAUGCAUGGGUGCGGCGAGCCUUCGUCCACAUGGAGGCCGGCGGGGCGCCCAUAGACCAAUCGCUCGGGCCUGAGCUUUCCGCGCGUUUUCACAGCCUCUCCCCCGAGCUGCGCGAGCCCUGCGAGGACGCGGCGGCAGUCGCCAUCCAGGAGCACUUAGCUGGUCGGCGGGCUUUCGGGCCCAGUGCGAGGGCUUCUCGCGGGGGGGCCCCGAGUGGCACGGGCCGCAGAGUGGUCGCGCGCGGCGCCGCCGCGCCCGUGGAUCACGGCAGCGGCGCGAUGCCCGUGUUCGACGUGGGCGCGUUCGUCUCCGACAACGUCAUCUUCCAGGGCGCGCUGGUCGACAUGAAGACGCAAAAGGCCAAGGUCAAGAGGGGCGCCGGCGAGGUCAGGGCGGCGGCCGCGCGUCUGCAUCAGCAGUCGGGCGCCGAAUCGCCAGGGCUUGGGCGAGACUGGAGUCUGGCGGCGGGGGGCGCGCCCGCCUCCCCCGCGGCUGGCUUGGCGGUGCAGCGGCGCAUGGUCCCUUCGCUGCAGUGCACGAGGACGCCGUCAUCAAUCCUUGCCGAGGCCUUGCGGGCCUUGGACAUUAGCUCCAUCGAGCGGGAGGCCAACGAGUGGGCGAAGCUUCGCAAGCACACCGCCGAGGCGGAAUGCCCCGUGCUGGGCGCGCCCACCAGGCCGCGUCGCAUGUGCUGGGAGGCGGGUUAUUGCAUUUGCAGUGGCCCAAGGUCCCACGCCCAGCUGCAGGUUGUUUGGCGCGUCCUGUCACGCACCUUGGGUGAGAAGGUGCUCCUCGCGAAGCUGGGCGAUGGCGCGCUGGUGCUCAGGUUCGCGCGCGCGGGCGCCCCAGCGGCCCAUGGCCCAGCGCCGAGUUCAGACGCUGCCCCUGGGUCUGCUCUCGCCCCAUCAGGUCAUGCCGAAGGAGCUGAGAGGCUGUACCACGUCGUCCUUCACUAUGGGAAACCCUGGAGGCCGACGUUUACCCGCAUGCGCUUGGAGCCGCUGGAGGACCGCUACGGAUUGAAUGGCGUCGCUCCCGAGUUCGUCGGCGCAGGCGAUGGCGGUCGCUGCAUGCGUGACUUGACUGUGUUCCAGGUCGUCCGCCAGUGCUUCGAUACGGCGUGGAUCAAGCAGCCGAUCAACAUUCGGGUGCAAGAAUUGGUCGCAGACAGCCGCAGGGCUGCAGUGUGCCAGCCGUGGCGGCAGCGAAUCCUGGACGCGCCGCCCUUGGAGUCAGACGUCUGGGAGUUGAGGCCGCCGCCGCCCAAGCCAAGGAAGCGGAUGGCAGUGCCUGGUGGCGAAGUCAGCUACUAUGCCAGCGGCCGGCGCUUCACUUCCGA